GACAUCUGCCACACAUAGUUGACUCCCUCUUCGUGACUCACCGGUAACAUCAGCCCACCAGACGCCUCAUAAGCCUUGGUGGUGCUCCUUGAAACCAUCUCUUGCUCAAUUCAUUCUGCCCAUCAAUCAUUCACCCUCCCAAUUAAGCAAAAUGGCGGACGCGGCUGCACCAGCACCAGCGGCAAAGCCCCAAAAGGCGAAGAAGGAGAAGAAGGCCGCUCCCAAGGCCGAGGAUGCAGGCCCUCUCGAGAUGCAGCCUCCUCCCUCUUUCCUGCAGGACCGUCUCGACCUGUUCGACCGCCUGAAAGCCCGACAGGACGAGGAGAUCGCCAAGAAGCCUCGCGAGCCCAUCCAAAUCACCAUGCCCGAUGGCGCUGUCAAGGAGGGCACCUCGUGGGAGACGACACCUGGCGAGAUUGCGCUUGCUAUCUCCAAGUCUCUGUACAAGAAGACAGUUGUGGCACGGCUGGACGGCGACGACGAGAAGCUGUGGGACCUGGACAGGCCUCUUGAGGCGAGCUGCAAGCUAGAGCUUCUCGACUUCAACGACCCCAAGGGCAAGAUGGUAUUCUGGCACAGUUCCGCUCACGUCCUGGGAGAGGCUUGCGAGCGCCGCUUCGGCUGUUCUUUGUGCAUUGGACCUCCUAUCGACUCCGGAUUUUACUACGAGAUGGCUCUUCCCGACGGUGCAGCUGUCCAGGAGACGGAUUGGAAGCCCCUCGAGACGAUUGUUUCCAAGGUGGCCAAAGAGAAGCAGAAGUUUGAGCGUCUGGUCAUGACCAAGGAGGAACUACUCGACAUGUUUAAAUACAAUAAAUACAAGCAACACAUCAUCAAGGACAAAAUUCCCGACGGCACCUCCACCACCGUGUACCGUAAUGGCCCGUUGAUCGAUCUCUGCCGAGGACCUCACGUGCCCGACACCGGACGGAUAGAAGCAUUCUCAAUCCUUAAGAACUCUGCCAGUUACUUCUUGGGCAACCAAGAAAACGACUCUCUCCAGCGUGUUUACGGUGUCAGUUUCCCCGAUAAGAAGCUGAUGGCAGAGCACAAGAAGAUGCUCGAGGAGGCUGCGAAGCGAGACCAUCGCAAGAUCGGAAAGGACCAAGAACUUUUCUUCUUCGAUCCUGUCAGUCCUGGAUCAGCCUUCUGGCUGCCUCACGGUGCCCGUAUCUACAGCAGCAUUCAAGCGUACCUGAAGAAGGAGUACCGCAAGAGAGGUUAUGAGGAAGUCAUCACCCCCAAUCUGUUCAAUGCGGAUCUGUGGAAGCAGUCAGGGCAUUGGCAACAUUACAAGGAUGACAUGUUCAUCCAGAAGAUCGACGACGUCGACUUUGGUCUCAAACCGAUGAACUGCCCCUCUCACUUUGUCAUGUUCGGCCACCGAGAACGUUCCCACCGAGAACUGCCUCUGCGUUUGGCAGAUUUUGGUGUGCUGCAUCGAAACGAGGCCUCCGGUGCACUGUCAGGACUGACACGUGUGCGGAGAUUCCAGCAGGACGAUGCACACAUUUUCUGCCGUCAAGACCAGAUCAAGCAGGAGAUGGAUAACAUCUUCGAAUUCCUGCAGGAGUUCUACAGGAUCCUGGGCCUCAAGUUCAAGCUGCAUCUGUCCACGAGGCCUGAAGGAUUCAUGGGCGAGAUAGAGACCUGGGACAAGGCAGAGGCAUCCCUGAAGGAAUCCUUGGAUGAGUUCACAAAGAAGAAUGACAUGAAGUGGGAGCUGAACCCCGGUGAUGGUGCCUUCUACGGACCCAAGAUCGAUAUCAAGGUCGUGGACAGCCUGAACCGUGAGUGGCAAUGUGCUACCGCUCAGCUGGAUUUUGUACAGCCCGAGAACUUCUCCCUCGAGUACAUGACCCCCGAGGGUGCUCAGGCCAAGGCCCUGGAGAAGCAGGAGAAGGACGCCGCCGCGGCCAAGGCUGACCCGACGCCCGUCGCGGCCGAACCUUCCACGGCCAAGGAGGCCCCGCGUGCUACCAAGAAGCCGCUGACCACAGGCUGCGCCAGGCCCGUCGUCAUCCACCGUGCCAUGGCCGGCUCCAUCGAGCGAUUCACGGGCAUCCUGUGCGAGCAUUUCGGCGGCAAGUGGCCCUUCUGGCUCAGCCCCAGACAGAUCAUGGUGAUCCCCGUCGGAAAGGGCUUCUAUGACUACGCGGAGGAGGUGAAGAGGAUCUUCUGGGCCGAGGACAUGUGGAUUGAUGUCGACUUUUCAGGCGAGACGCUGCCUAAGAAGAUCAGGAGGGCACAGUUGGCGCAGUACAACUUCGUGUUUGUUGUCGGUGACGAGGAGAUGAAGAACCGCCAGGUCAACAUCCGCUACAGAGAUGACACAGACACCCAGUCAAGAGGCUCCCCCGUCGCGCUGGACGAGGCCAUCGAGAAGCUCGUCAAGCUCAAGAAUGACCACGGCAUCUACAACCCUUUCCCGGCGAGUAAGGCCGAGGCUAAGGAGCUGCCUGUGCAGCAGAAGAAGAAGGAGUAGGUAGCAGUAGAGGGUGAGCAGGUCUGCGCUGCGUGAUGACGCUUUGUGACGGCUGGCUGGGUUGUGCAAGAAGCGAGGUGAGAAAGAUCAUAUAGACAGGUAGAACAAUUCCUGAUUAUGGUAUCAUCGAAG